AGAUCCCACACAAGCUACGCCGUUCGCUUUCGUCACAACGAACUCUCCUCUUCCCCACCUCUCUCUCUCUCUCUCUCUCUCUCUCCGAGCUUCGAAAGCAGAAUCGUGAUCGAACUUACGGAUUCAAUCCUGUGGAUGCUCGAUCGAUCGAGCUCGGUCAACCAAGCAUGGGCUGCACGCAAUCGAAGAUCGAGAACGAGGAGGCCGUCAAUCGCUGCAAGGAGCGCAAGCAGUUCGUCAAGGAAGCCGUCUCGGCUCGCAACGCCUUCGCGGCGGCUCACUCGGCCUACGCCGUCGCCCUCAAGAACACCGGCGCCGCCCUCAGCGACUACGCCCACGGCGAGGUCCAGGACCCCCAGUACUACCCCGGCCAGGAGAACCCCGCCGCGUCGGCGCACGUCCCGAUCGAGAACCUCCCUCCGCCUCCUCCGCUGCCGGAUUUCCCGGCCUCACCGCUCCAGCGCGCCGCGACCAUGCCUCAGAUCAAGAUCGCCAAGGCCGAGUCCAGGCCGAUGGGGCCCACGAUCGUGGAGGAGGAAGAGAAUGAAUUGGAGAACGACGAGAGCAGUAAUUUGAGGCAGAGGAGCAGAAGAGGAGCUAGAGAUAGAAGAAGUGGUGGCAGUGGCAGUGGCGGUGGCGGUAGAAGUGGGAGUCGCAAGGAGGCGGUGGCGGAGAACGACGUUCCACUGCCGAGAGCUGUGUCGCCACCGCGCGCUCCUCCGCAUGAGUAUUAUGAUUUCUUCUUCUCUCCGGUGGAGAACGUUUCGGGGCCGACGUUUGGCGAUGUGGCCGCUGAGGAGGUGAGAGCUGACAAAAAGCAUGUUGAGAGUGAAGUGUUUGGUGACAAACCUAAGAGAAUGAAAGAUGAUGGUGAAGUUACUGCUCCGGUGGUGCCGGAGAAGGCAGUGGAAACACCAACCCCACCUGCAGUGGAGGCGGCACUGGCAGCGAACAGUGUGAAGAAAGGGAAAGGGGGGAUGGCGAAUAUAAGUUUGGCACAGAUAUUUUUGGAGCUGGAUGACCAAUUUCUAAAGGCUUCCGAGAGUGCCCAUGAGGUUUCGAAGAUGUUGGAGGCGAAUAGGUUGCAUUAUCACUCAAAUUUUGCGGAUAAUCGCGGUCAUAUGAAUCAUUCCGACAGAGUGAUGCGCGUUAUCACGUGGAAUCGGUCUUUCCGAGGAUUACCAAAUGCUGAUGAUGUGAAGGAUGACUUUGACUCCGAAGAACAUGAAACUCAUGCCACGGUGUUGGACAAAUUGCUAGCAUGGGAGAAGAAGCUAUAUGAUGAAGUGAAGGCGGGUGAGCUUUUGAAGUAUGCGUAUCAAAAGAAGAUUGCUGCACUCAACAAGCAAAAGGAUCGAGGGACCCAUUCUGAGUCUCUAGAAAAAACAAAAGCAGCAGUGAGUCAUCUUCACACAAGAUAUAUUGUUGAUAUGCAAUCCAUGGAUUCAACUGUUUCGGAGAUAAAGCGUCUACGAGACGAACAGUUGUACCCAAAGCUAGUUCAACUUGUCGAUGGGAUGGCAAAAAUGUGGGACGCCAUGAGAAUGUACCAUGAGAGUCAGUUCAAGAUCGUGAAGAAUUUGGCAUAUGUUGAAGUUGACCAAGCCACCAAAGAGACGAGUGAACACCAUCAUGAGCGUACCGUCCAGCUGUUCAAAGUUGUGGAAGACUGGCAUGUGCAGUUCGUGAGUCUUAUGGAGAAUCAGAAAAAAUACAUUAAGGCACUCAAGAACUGGUUAAAGUUGAAUGUCAUUCCCAUAGAAAGCAGCUUUAGGGAGAAAGUUUCUUCCCCUCCUCGGAACGAAAAUCCUCCCAUCCAGAAACUUGUUCAUGCUUGGGAUGAAAAUCUGGAUAAACUUCCUGACGAGCUUGCAAGAAGUGCCAUACAUAAUUUCCGUGCUGUCUUAGAGGCCAUUGUGCAUCAUCAAGUUGAUGAGAUGAAAUUGAAAGAGAAAUGUGAGGAAACCAAGAGGGAGCUUAAUCGCAAAACCCGCUCAUUGGAAGAAUGGCGUCAAAAAAGUAUGCAGCACAGGACCCCACCAGAUGAGAUGGAUCCAGAUAGGGCACUGGAUGAUCGGCACAUAAAUGUCAUUGCCGAGAAAGAAGUGACAGUGGAGGUGCUAAAAAAGAGGUUGGAAGAGGAAGAGGAUGCUUAUCGGAGGCAGUGCCGUCAGGUGAGGGAAAAGACAUUGGUAAGUUUCAAGAAUCGUCUCCCGGAGCUCUUUGGAGCCUUGUCACGUUUUGCCGUUUCUUCCUCGGGUUUGUAUGGUCACUUGAGGUCAUUAUCGCAGCCACAAGAUGUAAAAUCUCAGUGAAUAGCCAAAGUUUUCCAUGUGGGUCUGGCGGUAAGUUAUGUAUAGUUUGACAUACAUAUAUGAUAGGUUUGUUCAUAAUGAUUUCUGUUGUUUUAUCACGGGACAAAUACAAUAACAUGUGUGCCAUAAUUUGUGAGCAUCAAUCAAUGUUACAGAUUUCGGUUGA